AUGGGGCUUUUCGGCGGAAACCAGAUGCCUGUUGAGGGCAAGACCGUCCUCAUCACAGGAGCCUCAGAGGGCAUGGGCCUAUCAGUCGCGAAGCUGCUGUCCUUCAAGGGCGCCAACGUUGUCCUUGUUUCUCGCAGCGUCGAUAAGCUCCAAGACGCUCUCAAAAUCGUCGAGGCUGCCGCCAUAAACAAGGAUAAGCAGCGAUUCCACUACAUCGUCGCCGAUGUCUCUGCGCCAUCUUACGCUACUCCUCUCCUCGCUGAGGUCCGGGAAUGGAACAAUGGCAAUCCUCCCGACAUUGUCUGGUGCAUCGCCGGAAUGUCCACUCCAGAGCUGUUCGUCGACAUGGACAUGUCCUCUCUGCGCCGCCAGAUGGACGUCAACUUCUACGGCACAGCCGAAAUGUCCCACUCCAUCCUCAAGGAAUGGCUGGCAGUUGACGCUCCCGUGGAGAAGGAGGCCAAGCAUCUCAUCAUGACUGGCAGUGUCCUGGCGCUGUAUACCAUCCCUGGCUACGCGCCAUACUCGCCUUCCAAGUGGGCUAUGCGAGGCUUGGCGGAUACCAUAUCCCAGGAGGUGAUGAUGUACCCGCAGAACGUCAAAGUCCACAUGGUGUUCCCUGGAACUAUUCUUUCGCCUGGAUAUGCCCGCGAGAUUCUCACCACACCUGAGAUUACGAGAAUCCUGGAAUCUAGCGACCCCCAGCAGACUCCUGAUGAAGUCGCAGACUCUGCAAUCAAGGGGCUAGAGCGGGGUGAAUAUUUUGUUACUGUGGCAUGGCUUGGUGCGCUUAUGAAAUGGGGAAUGUUGGGUGGUUCGUUCCGCAAUAACUGGUUUGUUGAUACCAUCAUGUCAUGGAUUGUUAGCUUUCUUUGGAUAUUUAUUCAGCCUGAUCUGCAUGGAAAGAUACGAAAGUAUGGUAAGACGCAUGGUCACCCCAGCAAGGCUAAGCAGGAAGGUCAGGAGCGUCAAGCGUAA